CUGAGGGGUCCGCCCCUCCCCGCGCGGGGCAGGGUGCGUGUGGGCCGGUGUUUGCGGUGCCCGGCAGUCGGUAGCGAUGGCGGACGGGUGCGGGAUGGCGGGGUCCCUGCUCCUGUGCACGGCGGCGGUGCUGCUGCUGGCGGCCGGCGGGGCCAUUCCGCCGCCGGAGGAGGCGGCGCGCAUGGCGCGCUUCGUGCUGCACAACUGCGACUGGGGGGCGCUGGCCACGCUCUCCGCGCAGGAGGGGCUGCGCGGCCGCCCCUUCGCCAACAUCUUCUCCCUCAGCGACGGGCCCCCCGGGCGCCUCAGCGGCAGCGGCGUCCCCUACCUUUACCUGACCGACAUGGAGAUCUCCGUGCAGGACCUGGUGAUCAAUUCAAAUGCUUCCUUAACUGUGUCUUUGGCACAGACACCUUACUGCAAGAAGCACAGAUAUGAUCCCCAGAAUCCUCUCUGUGCCCACAUAAUCUUCUGUGGAAGUAUUGUGAAGGUGAAUGAUUCAGAAGCGGGCUUAGCAAAGAAAGCAUUAUUCAGUCGCCACCCUGAAAUGGAAACUUGGCCUAAGGAUCAUAACUGGUUCUUUGCCAAAUUCAACAUCACCAAUAUUUGGGUCCUCGACUACUUUGGUGGAUUGAAAAUUGUGACACCAGAAGAAUAUUACAGUGUCAAGCCUUAGUGGAAGAAGAUCCUUGGUGAUGCUGGUAUACAAAUGAAUUACUUUGGCUGUUUCAGGAAAGAUUUUUUUUUUUUUUUGUAGGUAUUAUAGAGCUGAAUUAAUAAUGCAAAAAAACCACCUUGCAUUGUUAAUGAGCUCAUAUAACUCUUCUGAAGCAAAUGUAUAUUCUCACUAACUAGCACAAUUUGAAUCAUGCCAUACUCAAAAACCUUUGCGUAUAAGCCUUAACUAAAUUUUAUUAACUGGACGUGACUCUGGGAAGAUGUCUGUCUGACAGUCUUCAUUCAGAAAGUCUGUGUUUACUGGAAACUGAAGGAUUAGUGCAGUUCUAAACCUUUCAAUACCUUCAUUAAAUAAUAUCUGAGCACUCUCCAAUUUUAUUUUAUUGUUAAUACCAGUUUAGUUUAGAUCUUUAUGGCAAAGUAAUACAGGAUGGCUCAGCUGACUGUGGAAUGGAAAGUGUGGCCUGUAUUACAAUGGCAAAUGAUAUGCUGAGUUCCCAAAUUCUGUUAAGAAUUUUCUUUGCAUGCUAAUACACUCAUUUGAGCCAUUUUUCUAUUUUGCUACUUGUAUUGAGUGUGCUAUAGAAUACAAUUGUGUUUAUGCAAACUGCACGUACACCUCAUUGUAAGUUCUUCAUAACUCUUCAGCUGGCAGUGGCCAUAUACCCCGACUCUUUAAUAGAUAUAGGGUGGUAAUAACUAAAGUAUCUGACUUUAGUAUAAGAAGAGUAGUGGUUUGUGAAUUCAAUUAUAAUGUUGUAAAGGGUAAAUGUUUUCUGAUUAAGACUGUAAAAUCUUCAGCUUUAUUAGUCUGAUAAAAUAGCAACGUAUCAGCUUUUAUUACCCUUAACAGUAGAACUGGGGAGAUUAUUGGUUUUGGAAGCCUCACGCAGAAAUUUUGGGUUAGUAACCCAAAAGUGUGAAAGAAAUAAUACAGUAGGACACAGAUGAUUCACGACUUGUAGAGAAUGAAAUUAAUUAAAGGUGUGUAUAAUUAAUUCUCCAUUAAAAUAAGCCAUAUACAAUCACAAUAAAUCAAUUAGCACCUUUUUACAUCCUCUCUCAUCUCCGAUGUGCUAAGUUCACAAAUAUCCAAAAGUGAUUGUGAACAAUUAAGUUGAUUUUACAGUGAGCAAAUAUUACCUAGUUGACAGAGUAAAGAAUGUGAUAAUUUAGACUCCUUAGAGGCAGAUCCCUAUAUAGGACAGUGGAAUUUGUCAUAUCAACUCAUUUCUACAUCUUAAUGUCAUUAUUAUAUGACUACUUUGUGCAAAUGCUGUAAUGAUUUGUGAAAGUAUUUUAGAGGUAACUUACUAAGCUUUCCUUUGCAAAGGGGGAGAAAAAUGUUUUUGUUAUUGUAUCAAACAUAUUCUGUUCUACUAUUUGAAAAAUAAUUUAGGAUCAAAAAAAUCUUACAACAUGGCACUUUAUGUUGAACAGAUAACGCUGAUAUUAAAUAUGAAAUUGGAAAUAUUUUUAUAUAAGGCAUAACAAUUGUGGAAACUGAAAUGAUCCUCUGGUAUGGACUUGAUCCUUUCGAUGGGGACACCUGAAUACAUUACAUGUCACUCCAUAACUUCUGAUGUGUGAGACCGAUCAUGCUGGGCUUUUGUUAAAAUUAAAAUAUUUUUUUGACAA